CGUCAUCGUCAUGGAUUAUAGAGAUCCUCCAAGCCAUACUUCUACCGUGAUUGAAGAGGAAGAGCCCCAGUAUGACCCUCCGAGCCAUACUUCGACUGUCCUUGACGCGGAGCCUCAGUAUGAUGAGUACAAUGCUGAGCCCAAGGUCAAAGACAAGGAGGUCAUCGAUUCUUCCGUGAUUCCCGCAGCAAACAAGCAGGAUCCAUUUCUGGUGACCAUGAGCACAGAUGACCCGCAACACCCGAUGAAUCUCUCCACAUGGCGAAAAUGGUAUCUCACAGCGGUCGGUGGCGUCCUUGUUCUGAAUGCGACGUUCGCUAGUGCGGCACCCUCUGGCGUUCUUGGUCAGAUGAUUGAGGAGUUUGGCAUGGCAGUUGAAAUCGCUACCCUCUCUAUCUCGCUAUUUAUUGCUGGGUACAUCGUUGGGCCACUAUUUUGGGGACCAGUCUCCGAACAGAUCGGACGCAGGCCGGUUUUUGUCGUCUCGUUCCUUUUCUACACAGGCUUUCAAGUCGGAUGCGCUCUUUCUCAUAACACUGGCUCGAUAUUGGUUUUUCGAUUCCUCAGCGGCUGUUUCGCAGCUGCCCCACUGACAAAUAGCGGCGGCGUUGUCAGUGAUAUAUGGGACGCAAAAACGCGGGGCAGGGCAAUGGUGCUCUUCGCUGUUGCACCGUUUGCAGGUCCAGCCCUUGGACCGGUUGUCUCGGGUUGGAUUGAAGUUGGCGGCGCGUCCUGGCGCUGGCUUUUUUGGGUGUUGACGAUUUUUGCGGGACUCUGUCUUGUCGCAAUUGUCUUCACUGUUCCCGAAACGUAUGUGCCUAUACUUACGGUUCGAAAAGCCGAGCACAUCCGAAAAGUGACGGGAGAUGAACGCUACUAUGCUCCUCUCGAGACCAAAAUCUCUAUUUCCAAACAAGUGGAGAACAUAUUGGCCAAACCCUUCAAGAUUUUGUUCCGGGAGCCUAUGUUGCUCGCCAUAACUAUCUACAUGAGUUUCCUGUACGGUUGCUUGUACCUACUAUUUGAAGCCUUCCCGAUUGUCUUUACCGAAGGCCAUCACAUGAAUCAAGGUGUAACUGGUCUUAUGUACCUCCCAAUCAGUAUCGGCGGUUUCUUGGGCGUGGUUGUCUAUCUGGCCGUGUUCGAUCCCCGCUACAAUAGGGCUUUGGAGCGGUACGCUCCGAACCCUGUCCCCCCAGAACAUCGUCUGGAAAUGCCGAUGUUAGGGGCGCCAAUAUUUGCUAUUGCGUUCUUCUGGUUUGGGUGGACAUCGUACCCUUCCAUAUCGUACUGGUCUCCGCUCAUAGCUGGUGGAGUCAUGGGGUUCGGAAUCUUUGGAAUCUUCUUGUCUCUAUUCAACUACAUCAUAGAUACUUAUCUCAUGAUCGCUGCCUCUGCUCUCGCUGCUAGUACUGUCGUGCGAAGUAUCUUCGGUGCUGUGUUUCCACUUUUUGCCCGUCAGAUGUUUGACGCGCUCAACCCUAGAUGGGCAUCGACCCUGCUGGGAUGCAUCGCACUUCUUAUGUGCCCAAUCCCAUUCGUCUUGCGAAAAUACGGCCCAACAUUGCGCGCAAAAUCCAAGUAUGCACCAGACGUCAACGUUCCACGUCCUUCCCCUGUAUAAGGACUAUCUGCCGAAAUGCUUUGUCUCAAUCUCACACUGAUAUGUGCAGUGGACAAUAUAGAACCACGUAGUUCGUCCUUGUCUGUUUGUGUUUCGUCGUCUAUUCGUGCCCUGUCGUCUGUUUGUGUUUUGUCAUUCGUUUGUGUUUCAUCAUCUGUGUUUCAUCAUACUGCGUACAUGCACAUUUCUGGCAAUUUUUGAUUAUUAUCGUAGCAUAGCAUACCUUAUCUACAUUUACGCCUCAUUGCUUAAUAUUGUAUCAAUACUU